UCCCCGAGAGCACGCCGCAUGUUUUCGUGUUUUGUUUUGCUUUGGAUUUAAAUUGUUGCUUAGGAAAACCCAAACCACAUUUAGCAGAUUGACAAUGAAACGAUUGGCUGGAAAGAAGGACGAGGUCGUAGCGGAGCCGUUGGCCAAGAAGCAGCUGCAGUCUAAGGCCAAUUCCCUGCUGAAUGCCAAGAAUGUGGACAUCAAAACGCUCAAGGGAUUCGUUCAACUGCUGAAGGACACCCCCGAUAAUGUGCCGGCUGGGGAGGUGAUGAACACCCUCGAGGUGAUAUUCAAGAACCUGUUAAAAAGAAAAUCCGCCGAGGGCGCCGACAAACAGACCCUGAAAAUCCGGGAAUUGUACGAGGAAACCUGGUUGCUGCUACUGGAGAACCUUCUCGUGGAUUCCGAGAGUUCCGCGGCCCUAAAGGUGUGCAUGCAGCUGAUCAAAGUGGAGGCCAAGCAUCCCGUAGCCACCAAUAAGGGCUGGCCCACCCACAGGAUCCGGGAUAUCCUGAGCACUCUCCUAAACGCCGAGGAAACACCGACGAAUGCGUUGAGCAACUAUGGGAAAUACUGCAAGAAUCUCGACGUUUUGGAGAUUACCCUCAAGCAGUUAAUAGCUCUAGUGCCCCAGGAGGACUUCAAGAGCAUCCCCAUCAAGGCCAUGAACUUCCUGGCCAUUGCGAACCUCCUGGACUUUGGUAAAACCGUUCUCAACACUGCCGAUUACCACGUGGAAAGUGCGAAGAGUCACAAAUUCAGCUUGGAGGCCAAUCGCAAGAGAUUGAACGACCUCUGGCUGGUUAUAAUGACCAAGGGCAGCGAAGUGGACGAGAGGCUGCACCGGCAGAUACUGGUGGUCCUGCUGGAGCGCGUAAUCAACCAUUUGGACGACCCCAUCCAGCUGACCGACUUCCUCAUGGACUCGCUGCAUCAGUUCGAUGGACCCAUCGCCUUGCUGGCCCUCCAGGGCAUCUUCACGCUGAUGCAGAAGCAGAACAUCACCUAUCCCGAUGUGUACGAGAAGCUGUACAACAUGUUCUACCCCCGGAUGUUCUACAACAAGUACAAGGCGCGCCUGUUCUACCUGGCCGACAUCUUCCUCACCUCCACCCAUCUGCCGGAGAACCUGGUGGCGGCCUUUGUGAAGCGUCUCGCCCGCCUGGCCCUCCAAUCGCCCACCGAAGAUGCCGUGAUCAUGAUCCGGUUCGUCUGCAACCUGCUGCUGCGGCACACGGGCCUGCAGAAAUUGAUUCGCGGCAGUCAUGCGGCCGAGGAAGUGAGCGAUCCGUACAACGAAACGGAAACGGAUCCCGUCAAAUCGGAUGCGAUCAAUAGUUCGCUGUGGGAGAUUGCGCUGCUGCAGAAGCACGUUGUUCCGGAGGUGGCCAAUGCGGCCAGGUUCAUCAACACCUCGCUGCCCAUCAUGGAAUUCGAUUUGGCGCCGCUCUUGGACAGAAAGGAGUGCAAUAUCUUCGACGACGAACUGCAGUCGAAGGCCAAGCAGUUUGCCCUGAACUACGAGCGGCCCUCCACUUUGGCUCUGCCCAAAAACGAGUUCGUGACCAAGUACUGGGAACUCAUCUAGAUUAGUGUGUGUGCUAUUGUGCUAAGUUUAAGCAGGAUUAAAGUGCUGACGGGCCAGUUCGGCCUGAAACCAA